UUUCUGCAUAGCAACGCACAAAACCGACCCCCCACACAACCACUGCACUUUUGGUGACCACAACUCUACACGACCUUCUGUCUGGCGCAAACAUCAUGUCUGACGACAAGAUCUUCUCGCUUGAAGGCAAAAGCCUGAAGCUCGACUCUGCCGAAGAUAUUCGACCCCACAUCGAGGCCUUGAAGAACAAUGACAAUGUCGAGGAAGUGCGCUUUCAGGGCAACACCCUUGGCGUAGGAGCUUGCGAAGCGCUGGCUGAGGUCUUGAAGACCAAAAAGGAUCUCAAAGUUGCAAAGCUGGACGACAUAUUUACAGGCCGGCUGCUGAACGAGAUACCACAAGCCCUAGACGCACUUUUGCAAGCAUUGCUCACACUACCCAAGCUGCAUACCGUCAAUUUGAAUGACAACGCUUUUGGGUUAAAUACACAAGCACCACUUGUUGCCUUUAUUUCGAAGCAUACUCCGCUCGAGCAUCUUAUCCUUAACAACAACGGCUUGGGACCACAUGCUGGUGUAUUGAUAGCGGACGCGCUUACAGAGCUCGCAAAGAAGAAGAAAGAAGUUGGAGCACCACCUCUUAGGACAGUAAUAUGCGGCAGAAAUAGACUGGAAAAUGGCUCUAUGGAAGCAUGGGCGAAGGCCUUUGCUGCUCAUAAUCAGGUCACACACAUCAAAAUGGUGCAAAACGGUAUACGGCAAGAGGGCAUCACGCGCCUGAUUACCAGCGGCCUUGUCAACUUGAACGAGCUGCAGGUGCUCGACCUACAAGACAACACCUUCACGAUCAUGGGCGCACGAGCACUUGCAAAGGUCAUGCCCACUUGGACAGAAUUGACGGAACUAGGUGUCGGUGACUGCCUGCUGGGCGCCAGAGGUGGGGUUUUACUGGGUCAGUCACUGGCAGCAGGCAAGAACUCCAGUAUCGAGGUCCUUCGACUUCAGUAUAACGAUAUCACUUCCAAGGGUGUGGAGGCCCUGUCGUCCGCCCUCGAUAAGCUUCCUUCUCUUCGACGUGUUGAAUUGAACGGCAAUAAAUUCUCAGAAGAUGAUGAGCACAUUGAGAAGAUUAGAGGUGCCCUUGACGCCAUGAAGGAGAAGAAGGGCAUAGAGGAUGACGAGGAUGAGAAUUAUGGUUUAGAUGAACUGGAUGAGCUGGAGAGCGAGGAUGAAGAGGAAGAAGAAGAAGAAGAGGCAGCGGAAGCGGAAGAGGAGGCAGAUGAGGAAAAAGAGAAGGAAGAGAGGGUGCUGAAGCAAGCGGACGAGGCAGAAGCAGCGAAUGUCUCAGAGAAGAAGGACAAGGAUGUUGAUGAACUGGCUGAUAUUUUGGGAAAGACAGAGAUCAAAUGAAUCCUACUUAUUGUAACUGGGCGUUUGGAAUGGAAGAGGACGAUAGCAUUGCAUCCAUGCAUGGACUACAGAUAUGGACGAAUGGACAGCACAUGUGGGAGAUGACGCUUUUGAGAUACCAUGUAGAAAGAGCUCAUUUAUGAAUAGAUAAACGUUGACUAAUCCAAGCAUAAUUCGAACAACAUCAUUAACUCA